CCCAGUUCAGACCAAAGAUUCACCUUGCAACGGCUUGCAACGAGACGGUUUUAGAACGUCGCAGGGGCGGUGUGAACGGGUCGUUGCAAGCCGUUGCAAGGAGUUGCAAGGCGUCGCCAGAGAUUGAACAUGUCAAAUCGCAAGGUCCAGUUUUAGAACGCGGCGAUUUAACUAUUCCUCUUCAGCCAAUCACAGCACAGAACAACUUGUACGUCACGGCCUUACUCCGUCCCGGUACCGUACUGUCCACUCCAGCAUAAAAAGAUCCGAAGAUGGCAGACUUCUGGUCCGAGGAGAGGGAGGAGAAAUUAAUUCGGUUGUUGGAGGAUCAACCUGUGUUAUACGAUGUUGCCAGCAAGGGGUACAGCAACAGGGACAGCAAGAGGAGAGCCUGUUGUGAGAUUGCGGUGGCAAUUGGUGUAUCCGAAAAAGAGGUAGGCAAGAAAAUCCACUCCCUCAGGACUCAGUACAACCGGUACAGCAAGGCACCAGCUUCGGGGAGUGCCGGUGGGAGAACUGGCAGGCAGGACUGGGUACUCAGGAGGUACUCUUUCCUGGAGCCAUAUAUAAGGAAGAGAGCUUCUUCGUCCAACGUGGAUGAAAAGAUUGUUGAAAGAGAGAGUGAUGACGUGGAGGGACUGGACGAGGAAGAGGACGUGGAAGUAGAGGAGAGCAGUGAACCUGAGGGACAAGGCAGCACCUGCCUUGUCCCUCAGGUUCAGAAGGUCGCAGGCAGUAAAAGAAAGAGGCAAACAGAAAAGCAAGAAGAUGAGGUCCUAAGUGCCGUUGGCAAUUUUCUGCGAAACAGGACAGAACAGAGGGAGGAGGACACAAUGUCAAUCUUUUGUAAGAACCUCGAGAUGAAAAUGAGGCGAAUCAAGGACCCAAAUAUUUUAUUAGAUUUAGAGCACCAGCUGGAGGAAGGGCUGCUACCAGGCUUCACUUAAAGAUAGAGACAACCAA